AUGACCAUAUUUGAGGGCAGUGACAUCAAUCGAAUGUCAUGUCAGAUUGAACUUAAUUUUGCAAGUGAAGAAGAAGCAAAACAUUCCAGGCAAGCAACACCAGAAUUACUUAAUAGGAGACAAAGAAGGACUGAAAAAAGACGUGACCCACCAAAUGGUCCAUCACUACCAAUGGCAACUGUUGACAUAAAAAAUCCAGAAAUUAUAAAUAUGAGGUAUAACCAUUCUCAAGUGAACAAUAUAAUGUACAGCCAUAAAAAAGACAAGAAAAAGUUAACAAAAGCGGACAUUGGCACUUCCAGUAACUUCCAGCAUACUGGUCAUGUUGGUUGGGAUCCAAACACAGGCUUUGAUGUUAAUAAUUUGGACCCUGAACUGAAAAAUCUGUUUGAUUUAUGUGGAAUUUCCGAGGCUCAGCUGAAAGACAAAGAAACAUCAAAAGCUAUUUAUGAUUUUAUAGAAAAGAAAGGAGGUGUAGAAGCUGUGAAAAAUGAGCUGCGAAGACAAGGUCCAUCACUACCAAUGGCAACUGUUGACAUAAAAAAUCCAGAAAUUAUAAAUAUGAGGUAUAACCAUUCUCAAGUGAACAAUAUAAUGUACAGCCAUAAAAAAGACAAGAAAAAGUUAACAAAAGCGGACAUUGGCACUUCCAGUAACUUCCAGCAUAUUGGUCAUGUUGGUUGGGAUCCAAACCCAGGCUUUGAUGUUAAUAAUUUGGACCCUGAACUGAAAAAUUUGUUUGAUUUAUGUGGAAUUUCCGAGGCUCAGCUGAAAGACAAAGAAACAUCAAAAGCUAUUUAUGAUUUUAUAGAAAAGAAAGGAGGUGUAGAAGCUGUGAAAAAUGAGCUGCGAAGACAAGCACCUUCACCACCUUCUUCACGAGGUGGUGUCCCUCCCCCUCCACAUUCUUCAGGACCUCCACCACCACCUCCCCCUGCAAGAGGCAGAGGUGUUCCACCACCUCCCCUUUCUAGAGCACCUCCUUCCAGGCCAGGAACAGGAGCUCCACCUCCACCUCCAACCCCUACAAGAGGCCAUCUUCCACCUCCACCACCACCAAAUCCUUGCUCCUUUGUUUCUUCUGGUCCCCCACCCCCUCCACCUCCUCCUCCCUCUGGUCCAACAGGAACAGGUCUGAGUGGACCACCUCCACCUCCUGUGCCGGGUAUGGACAAUGACAUCAUUUCUCCAUUGGGAAACAAAUCUGCUCUAUUGGAUCAAAUCAAGGAAGGGACACAGCUCAAAAAAGUAGAGCAGAACAACAGGCCUGCAUCCAGUACAGGAAGAGAUAAGGCAGGGCAUACAGCUAAAGACAAUGAAGAUGAUGCGGAAGAUUUUGAAGAUGAUGAUGAGUGGGAGGACUAGAUACUCAUAACAUAAGAAUCUACACAAAAAUAGACCUUUCUUACACUUGUUAAAAUUAUAAUGUAAAUUUUUUCUUAAUUUGCUGUAUAUUUUUGUUGCCUUUUUGCUUUUUUUGUUAAUCUGUGCAAUACCUCAUUUAAUCUGUAAAGGUUUGUCAUUUUAUGUAAAGUUACUCUAUUAAUUUGUGCAAUUUUCCUUCACAACAAAUACACUUGUAGGUUUGAAUGUUAUUUACUUUGAUGAAGUAAGGAAAAUGAAAAGCAUUGAUUAAACUUACAGAGAGUAAUUCCUGCUGUAUUCAUUACUGCAAAAUAACAUUUUCAUAUUCUAGUUUUACUGAAAAAUAUCCUUACUAAAGUUAUAUUAAAACACUUGCCCUAAUCUCCAGUUUUACACAUCUGUUGAAUAUUUAGCCCCUUCAUUUAAACAAAAUGCUACAUGAAUGUUGAGGUAGUUACGUUUUUGCACGUUACUAAAGCUAUUCACUCUAAAGACAUGAUUCAUACUUUAUGCUGUAUCAGCAGUAUGUUUUAAUAGUCUAUCUCAUUCACUGUUAGAAUGAAAGUACCCUAUACAGUCCAUUUUUUAUAGCUUAUUGUAAAGCAACAGUAUAUUCUUCUCUGAAGAGAGAGUACUCUGUUAAUUAUGCUUGCAUUUAUGUUUCUAGAAUUCACAGGGGCUUUUGUUCCUUCAUUUCUUUGGUAAAAAUCUUAUAGAUAAAUUUAAGUUUUGGGUCAGUAAUCUUUUAUCGAAUUAUUGUAACCCUUUAUUUGAAGUCCUGUAUCUGAUGAACACAUUGUUGAAGAAACGUUUUAAACGUUGGAGUAAAACAAAUUAGUUGAGUUGCACAUUACUGGGAAUUUGAGGUGAGGGGGCUAUUGCUUGAUUAUUUUAGUUGAAUUUUUAAUUAAUAAUGCAUACUAAAUUUAUCCAGCCAUUAUUUAGACCUAAUCAUUUUACUUUUUUAAUUAAUUUGGCCAGAGGUUAACAGUUUUUUUUUUUUUUCUUGCGGAUAGUAGAAGUCAUUGCUUUUAAUAUCAUACUAGUUGCAGGUUUCAUGUCUAUAAUCUCAUCAAGACUUGCUUUGCAAGAAAUUAGUCAUUUUAUUAUAUUAUGUGUUUAUAUAUUCACUUUAUUUUUAGAUAUUUAACUUUAUGUAUUCUUUUCAUUAGCCCUGCUUAGGAAUGCUUUAAUAAAUGAAAGAUUUUUGUAUUGUAUUGUAAAUUCAAAAAUUAUUUAGUCUAAGCUUUAUUUAGGGGAUAUAAUAUUUUGAACUUUCUAUUUUAUUUGCUGGAUGCUGGUUUCACCUGGGUAUUCCAAUGUUCAAAGAUUAACAUUUUGAUAAGUUGCUUAUUUGUUUGAAUCAGUAUAGAGGCAUUAAUGUGAUUUCAUGUUAAAGUAACAGAAAUAUGUAUAAAAUGGUUCCACUGCGAAUUUUGAUUUGAUUUGGUUUGUUGAAUUAAGCAAAAUAUAUUUGUGAACUGUUAUCUCUUGUCUGCAUAACUUUGGAAAGUUUGCCAUCACCAGCCUCCUGUACAUUUUGAAACAUAACUGCCCACUUAUUCUGAACAAAUGACAACUGCUAAUGUAAUCUCUUCUGUCAGGAGUGUGCAGCUUUAUCUUUAUCAGGAGUGUUUUCAGAUUCAAGGUCAAAUUCUUUGUCUUAGGUUUCUCUUCUGUUAGUUUAAUACACAACUUUUGAAGCAUGGCACAACUAAUGCAAGCAUUUAAAAAGUGGAAGUAUGAUUGCAAAUGAGAAAUAAACACAUUAAACAUUACUGACCA